GGAUAAACAAGAAUUCGAGCGGCUGUAGGGAAAACCCACGACUGUGUACAAAAUAUCAACAGGAAAUAGUCCUCGGCGUGUUCCGGGCCCAGUACGAGCCAGCUUUGCGGUGGAAGAUAUCCCACGCACCGCACGAGUUGUUCGAGUGCCGCAUGCGAUCUACCGCGCCCACGUGUGGGUCCUUCGACUGCAGAAAACAAGCUGGAAGCCAAGAUGAUCGUGGAUCCGGCGCAAACUCUGCGCCUCAUGCACACGGUGCCGUUCCCGGUGUUCGUGCAGCCGCCGGGGCACUGCGUGCCCGAGCGCGUGGCACCCGUGGCCCUGGAGCCGAACCAGAUCUACCACAUCGCCGUCAAACAGCAAGUCAAAUACCGACUGCCCGCUCCUUACCCGUCUGACUGCAAGGACUAUCUCUACGAGGGACCUCGAGAUGAAUUUUAUGGUUUUCCAUCAAAAGAGGGAAUGAGCCUAGCAGGGUUCAUGAAAAGACGGUGCUUCGCCAUAAUUUUUAUUCUCGGUAUUGUUCUUUGUUCGCCACCACAAGAAAAUGUCUCAACCGAAAAUGAAGCGGAAGUCACAACUGUAUUUUCUGGCCGAGAGAAGCGACAACUUUCCGAAAUUAUCUAUACAAUCAGCUCUGGAGCAAGAUUAUUAAUCGAUUUGGUUCGAAACAUUCUCCUAGCAGUUCUAGGAACAAAGGACAUCCUGCUGGGAACUCCAACGAAAGACGAACCGGCUGGCAAUGCCGACGCGUCUCACGUUGAAUAG